CAAACAAACACAUUUUACACAUAAAUUUUAAAUCUGAAAUCUAAAAAAAAAGUAUGUGGACACAUUAUGCAUCAACUACCCAUGCAUAUACGUAUAUCAACAUUAUAUCUGCCAUCACCCACCCUGCCUUCUAGAUAUCAGUAACAGUUAUUAGCUUUUGAAAAAAAAAAACAUAUUACUCGACCACUAAUAGAAACAAUAGCAGCAUAUUCCCCUAAGAAACAGCCCAUCAAUGUGUGUGAUACAACUCUAUCCUCGUCCACAGCAGAAUCAAUGGCAGAAAGAUAAGUGAAUGAGAGAGAGAGAGAGACUGUCUCAUUCGCUGCUGUUCUUCCUAAUUGGAUCAAGCGCAGACUUGCCCGACUCUGCUCAAUGUUCAUAGUGCGAGAGGAUCAAGACAGCAGACACAGCGAGAGACAGAACGUGUGUGUUGGUGUGAUGGAUAAGGAGAGGGAGAAAGAGGAGGGGUGAAAGAAGGGGUGUGUGUAAUCCUCACUCCUAUCUACUCAUCCUUCCGUUUGGUUCUGUGCUCAAGUCUUUACUGACCGCUCUAAAGAGUCGGCGCUUUGAUCGGACAUGCACCUGCUGCUUUCGGAUGCUUCAGCCAUUUUCGGCAGCGGCUGGCAGAGCGUGACAGCAUGAACUGCAGCCCAGGCGUGCCAGCCCCCUCCUCCAGCCCUGCCCCCAGGUGAGUGCUGCGCUCUCUCCGGGACUCUCUGAGGCGGGAUCCACCCUCGGGCGGCCUCACACGCCUGUCUCCGGAGCGUAUGCCUUAUUCGUAGACUUGCUGCCUGUGUUUUUCUUCCUGCUCUGUUGGAGACCGUGAGAACGAACCAGGGCGACAGAAAUUAGAGCCACGUAAGUCUUCCUCUUUAGUAACGAGGUUAGGCAGUUGAGCAUCGUGUCCGAGUCCCUUCCCCCUCGCUGGUGAUCUGAUAAUGGAAAGAACACUUUACGAGGCAGCAUGCCUGCCGCAGCAUUAGAGGAGGUCUGUGCAGCUGCUUCUGAGAGACAGAACGAGGGGGAGAGAUGAAGUCAGAAGCGGCGGAGGACGUCUCUGCCGGACUUGCAUCUCAAGAGGCUCCUUCGGAUGCCUUGUCUGAGGUCGCCACGAAAGAGACGCCCGAGGAAGCGGAGGAGGACGUGGCAGGGGGUAGCGAUAGCUCCGAGCGUGCUCCUCUGGGAUGCGUGCCUUUGCCUGUGGCUGCAUGCUGCGUGUGCCUCGAUCUGGAGCGGGUGAGUAACUGCAUCCGCUCGGAAAAAAUCUGCAUCCUGCCCAUCCUGGCCUGCUUGCUAAGUCUGGCUCUCUGCACCGCCGGCCUCAAGUGGGUCUUUGUGGACAAGAUCUUUGAAUACGAGCCACCGACCCACCUUGAUCUCAAGCGCAUCGGACAGGAUCCUAUAAUCAAUUCAGACUUCACUCAGAAUUCUGCAUCAGUCUCACCUUCCACGGUCACCCCGACGACUCCGUCUGUCCCAGGACAGCCCAAGAUCUUUGUGGAAGGGGACUCCACAGCCAAAACCUUUGAGGUGCACUCAUCAAAGGUGCCAGUUUUUACGCCCACUGCAGCAGUGACUGUUCACACAAACUCUGUGUCUCCACCCAGCCCCAAGAGCACCUUCAAACCCCUCCAGAAUGGCACUGCAAACCAGUAUCCAUCACAAACUCUGGAAUCUAAUGAUAUUGUUCCAAAGACCUCGGCCACCAGCACCACUCCCUCAGCCAAGACCUCCAGUCAUGUGACGCGCUGCAGCGAGAGCGAGAGGAACUACUGCGUGAACGGCGGCGAAUGCUUCACGCUGGAGGUCACACCUGGCAACAUCAGACGCCUCUGCAGGUGCCCCAAUGAGUUUACUGGUGAUCGCUGCCAAAACUACGUAAUGGCCAGCUUCUACAAACAUCUUGGGAUUGAAUUUAUGGAAGCUGAGGAGCUCUAUCAGAAACGCGUUUUGACUAUAACAGGCAUCUGCAUCGCUCUUCUAGUUGUUGGCAUCAUGUGUGUGGUGGCUUACUGCAAAACAAAGAAACAGAGGAAAAAGCUGCAUGAUCGUUUGCGGCAGAGUUUACAAGAGCGAAACGCUGCGGCCAAAGGCCCUCAGCACCGCCACCCUCCACCCGAAAACCUGCAGCUGGUCAAUCAUUACAUGCCGGAAAAUACCGACCCUCCUCAUGUGCAUGUGAUGGACAAAGAAAUGGAAACAUCUCUCUCCACAAAUGAGUUCACCUCAUCAACACAUCCGUCCACUGCUGUCACUCACUCCUCCAGCCAGUGCUGGAGUAAUGGGAAAGCAGAGAGUGUGGUUUCUGACAGUCACGCAAUCCUGGUCAAGUCAUCGGUGGAGAACUGCCGGCACGGUACGUCCGGUCACAGGGGGCGUCUGAAUGCUACCGGAGGAGUCCAUCAGCUCAACGAUCACCUGAAGAGCUCUAGAGAAACCCAGGGCUCCUGCAGAGACUCCCCCUACAGCCAGAGGUAUGUUUCGGCCAUGACUACACCCAGCUGUCUGUCCCCCGCGGGGCUUCUCUCUCCAGCGACGCCCUCCUCGCCUCCCUCCGAGAUGUCGGCUCCUCUGUCCAGCCUGGCGACCUCCGUUCCUUCCAUGGCAGCGAGUCCCUCGGGGGAGGAGGAGCGCCCCCUGCUGUUCCGGACCCCGCCAAUCCUGCGUGACAAAUCCGGUCUGAAUCAGUCAGGCCAUAACCUCCGCAACUUGGCUCACUACAAUCACGGCCUGGAGCUGCCCAGCCCUGCGGCCAGCCCUCUGCACAUUGUGGAGCAGGAGGAGAGUGCACAGCAGUACCAAAGCACAGCCGCAGCGUCCCCCCCACACAGCCCCACUGCAGGCCACCGUAGCUCAAGAACUCAGCCGAGUGGCCAGACAGCGCUGGAGCCGGUCAGCGGCAGUAACUCAGAGAGCAGCAGCUCGGAGAGCGAGACUGAGGAGGACACUCCGUUUCUGGGCUUACAGAACUCUCUGGCCGCUGGAUCAGUUGUUGUGGACGGGCUGGAGGGCAGCAGAACUAACCCCGCGCUGCACCUCUCGCCGCAACACGACCUGCAGAGCAGACUGACGGCCGUCAUGGCCAACCAAGAUCCUAUAGCUGUGUGAAAGAUGCAUCGAAGAAACAAAUCACCACUAAACCUUUAUUUUCUAUAAUUAAGUAUUGCAAAAAAAAAACGUCAACUUUUAUUUUAGUGAUGUAGUGAAACAAAGACUUUUAUAUAUGUGUGUACAACGUUUGCGUCAUGGAAAAAAAGUGCCAUUCACAUGUAGCUGAGGUCACAGUAUUUCAAUGGCAGAAAAAAUAUAAUCAAUGGUGCCUUUUAAUUUACGUUUGAAGAAAAGAGGACUGCAUCAUGACACUGGGCCAUAUAUUCAUGACUUUAAGGCAACAAAAUAAAUUCUGUGACUGAAAAAAAAAAA